AUGCACCUCCCGAUCCUCCUCCUGACAACUGCCACAACCCUCCUUUCCCUCUCCUCUGCCAAAAUUAUAAUUGGGAACCUUCACCUUGGCGGUGAAACUUACACCGUAGCCUGGAAUCCGGACGACAACCCCUGCGACACAGCAAAAAUCCUCGGCAAGGAUCCCGCAAACCCCUGCGGAGUCAAAUUCGAUGUUAAAGACUAUUCAGCCGCCACACUAGAAGGUUGUGGUGGACCAUUGUGGAUCAAUACGGAUGGACACUUUAGACAUAAUUGUAGGUUUGAUCAAAAGUUUGUGCCUACGUUUUGUGCGAAUCCCGGCGGUGGCUUUGGGUUGGAUCAGGUUUUUAGGAUUCAUCAGGGGUAUGUUUGUGAGUAA